CAGCACUGCACUUUGGCUCCGCGUCAGUUUUCAUCCCAGUUUUGUGUUCGCGUUAGUGCAGAAUGGGAAAAAAAUUGAAAGAAAAUGGUGAAAACCGAAAGUUGCGUACUGUGUCACACCAGCAAAUCGAAAUGGUUUCUGGACAUCUUCUGCGAGGAGAGCCAGUCGAUGGACAUGGCCAGAAUAAUAUCGAAACAUCUGUGGUUCGAUUUGAAGCCUUCCGCCCAGUGUUAUGUUUGUGCGGAAUGUUGGAAAAAUGUUCACGAUUUCCAUCUGUUUUAUUGCAAGCUCGAAAAGAUCCACUUCGAAACCAAUGAACCGGAUUCGAAAACGGUGGAAAUCUGCGUUCAACCUGACUUUGAGUUUCACCCGAUCGAUGAAGUGAAGGAAGAACCUCCGGAUGACUAUGAACCUACUUUGGACAAAUCUGACAUUGCUGAAAAGUCGGUCGAGUCGCCAAAGGUCGUUGAGGUGGUCGUCGAGAAUGAUGAACCAUCAACAUCCGGUACGAUUCGACCGAAAAGAAGCGCUUCCACUCCGAUUACGACGAAGUACAAAGUGGAACUAUCCGAUUCGGAACCGGAAGGCUUUGAUGUCGAUGAUUUUGCGGCAAAUGAUGAUUUUGAAUGUGAUGACGACGACGACGUUGAUUACGUACAGAAGACUAAAGAAACAAAACCGAAAGACGUCAUUGCAGAAGCCCCUAAGACCGUAAAGCGGCGCGGAAGACCCCCCAAGAAUGCAUCGCUCAAGAAGGAAAUCGGAAUGGACGGAGAAGAAUUGGACAAAACCACAUCCGACAAAGGCGGGACACCCAAAGCUGAGAAAAAAGCCCGCAAAAAACGGGGCCGCAAGCGCCUCGCCAAGGAUUCCAGCGAUGACAGUUCGGAUGCGGACAGUGGAUCGGACAACGAAUUAUUAAUUGAGGACAGGCGAAAAUUGGGAGGGCGGCGCCCCCGAGAUGAACGGCUCUUUAGAUUCAUCGAAGAGUUUGUUUGUUACCUGUGUCCGGAUCGGGUUGAGUUCGAUCGAUUCCAUCAUGCCAACAUACACUACAAGGAACUGCACGGCGAGCCGGCCUAUUUGAAGUGCACCAAGUGUGACAAGAAGUGCUUCACUCCUGGCGGGUUUAUCAACCACAUGGAAACGCACGAUAAUCCAGAGAAGAACAAGUGUAAGAUUUGCGGCAAAGUGACAGAUCAGAUGAUCACUCUCAAGAAGCACAUGCGAGCUCACCAGGUGCAGAUGGAGCAGACAUUGCCGUUCUCGUGUGAAAUUUGUCCACGAAAGUUUGAAACCGAGAAAGCAAGAAACAAGCAUGAACGGCUUCACGGCCGCAAGAAGAUCGUGGUUCGGAGGGAAAGAGGCCGCGACGAAGAACUGCUUGCAUUCUACAAGAGAAUCUCAUGCGACAUUUGCGAAACGGAGAACAAUGAAAACCGAGAGUAUGAGAAUUUCUCGGAUCUGAAGAGCCACAUAGUGGCGGAUCACAACAAGACACCAUACCUGAAGUGUCCCAUUUGCUCCAAGAAGAACGUCUGUAGACAGCAGCUCAUUGUGCAUAUAGAUGUUCAUGAGAACCCGGAUCGAUACAGAUGCGACAUAUGCGGCGAAGUAAAUCAAUUCCUUGAGAGACAUAAGUUGAAAGUUCACAAUAAUCGUGAACCGGUAAGUACGGAGAAGAAUUAUGGUUGCGAACACUGCGGAAAGAUGUUCCGCUGUGAAACAAAUCUGAAGAAUCACAUUGAUCGCGUCCAUGGGUUGAAAGAUGUCACGUGUGAUAUUUGCCACAAACCAUUCAGUAAAAAGCAAAUCGGUGCUCACAAGCGAUCUGCCCAUACGGACGAGCAAUUCAUGUGCGAACAGUGUCCGAAAAUGUUCAAAACUCGAAGUGGGUUGGAAUCGCACAAAGGUGAACAUGACGCUGAUUUGCGCAAACCGGUCAAGUGCGAACUGUGCGGCAAAGAGAUGCGCCGUGGGGCCAGUUUGGCCAAGCAUAUGAAGGUGAUCCACACGGUGAGCGAUCCGGUCAAUUGUGAUAUGUGCGGCAAACAGUUCCGCACGAAAUUCCAUAUGAUGCGCCAUCGUGCCAAUACCUGCGCGGCCACCAUCGAUUCCAGACCAUUCAAGUGUGAGGUUUGCGGAAAGGGAUUCUCCAUGCGGCUCACCAUGAAUGAACAUAUGACAACCCACACGAGGACAAGCUUGUAUCAGUGUGCUUUCUGUUUCAAAACGUUCGGGUACAUAUCGAAUCUGUACAAACAUCGUAAGAAGGCACAUCCCGAGGAGUGGCAGGAAGUGCAAGCCAGGCCCGAUCAAGGUAUAGCCACUUUUAUUGAGAUGAGAAAUUGAUCUUAAAGUUAGUAUUGAAAUUAGGCUUGUGGAACAUUGUGGAAAUGUUUCGCUGUCUUGAUUAUUAUUCGUAGAUUUUUUUUUUCGCUACAUGCAAAGAAAAUUUUACACAUUAUUGAACACAAUUUACUCAAAAUCAACCACAUGUGGAUUUACUUAUAAUUUGUGCUUAACUAAUUCCAUUGUUGUUCGAUUAUCGGUAAAUUGAAGUCAAUCGCGUGUAACUUUUUCAAGCGUGUACUGACAGUGCAUGAUAAUUUUAAAAUUUUAGGAUGAUAGAAAUAAAUAUAAUAUUCUACCAACAUA